CAGGAGGAAAAUGAGAUAAACCCUCUCAGAUGGAUGCCAGUGCCAGCAGCCUCAAGAGGAUCAAGUUUGGGAAGCUGAAGGUGGUGCGUCGGCACUUGCUGCAGAGAUAUGAGCACCAGCCCUUCAUCUCCUGCCUGGCCGGUUUCUACAGCUGCCGGUGGAAGCGGUACCAGCGCAGAAGGACCGAGCCCGGGAAAUGCUGCUGCAAGACGCGGGAAUGCAUGUUCUUCCCAUUGCUUGUUGGAGCAUUCUGCUUCUCUCUGAUCUUCCUGUACAUGUGGGGCGAAGCAAAAAAUGACUACAAUAACUUUGACUGGUAUAACUAUGGAAACUUGGGCUUCUGGUUUCUCUGGUCUGUUGUUCUUCUGAUUGUGGCUGCAAUCCUCUUCAUGUACAUCACACUCUUAUUG